UAGCAUUUGUGCUACUUCUGCUUUAACAAGCUCACGGGCAUCGACGCCAUCUCGCUGAAAGGGACGUCCAUCUAUCUUUUAGCAGCAGAAAUAUUUGAAACCCCUCAAGUUUACUCCCAGGAACCUCUGAGACGACUAUUAAACGCUACACUCGUUGAGUGAUAUUUUCUGCGACUCGGACAGAAGACCUGUUUUAUCCGCUCGCGAAGAAGAAGAAAGGGAAGCGCAGUUAGCUAACUGCUAGCUUGUGACGUUGUUAGCUAAAGCAACUUCGCUGCGGAGGAAUUUCACAGUUUGUUUAUGUUUUCGCCAGUUCGGAGCAAUGUUGGACGGAUCCCCGGCACACAGCGAUGAAGCCAACAUCGGCAACGUCGAAAACAACAACCCGAUAUCGCUGAUUCCGAGCAGCGAUGGGGUGAACAAGACGAGGCAGGCGCUGCUGAAGAAAGGAGGCAGGAAGCUGCGGUCGACGGCGCCGCUGCAUCACCAGAAGCCCCCGAGAAGCAGCCCCAACAUCCGCCUGGCCGACCACAACAACAACAACACUCUGACAGCUGCGUCCGCUAACAAACCCUCAGCCCAGCCCGGCGCCGAGCUCCCUGCCGGUACACAGACCGUACUGACCCUCCAUCAUCUCAAACAGGGAGCCAAGAAAGAGCUGCUGAAAUCAAAAGGUGGCCGAUCGGAGCGAGGGACCAUGCAGGCAGGGGGACAACCCGCCCGCAACCUGCCCAGACACGAUCCAGCCGCCCAGAACGGAAUCACACGGAGCCAGAAACCCAAGCAGAGCCAGACCCCCGGUGCUUCUCCCUCCACAAAGAAGAAGGACAACAGCAGCCUUGCUCGGCCCACCUCCCUCAGAGAGCAGAAGAGACCCCUCCACGUCUCCAACAACAUGAAGAUCGUGAACACACUGCCUGCUGAAGCUGUGCCCGAAUACCUCAAAGAUGGCGACAAGGCUUACGCCGGAGCUAAAUUCAGUGAGCCGCCCUCGCCCAGUGUCUUACCCAAACCACCCAGUCACUGGGUCGGAGAAGACAAGCCUCAGCGGGGCAACCAAAGCCGAGAGCAAAUGACUGUUCACUUAAAGUCGCUGCUGAAGGUUCAGGAUAAAUCCUGACCGCAUCAUGAAGCCGACCUGAUCAGAUACCUGAUUCACAAUGAAUGCCAACAAUUGGAUAAUCUAAAUUAAGCCUUAAAAUGGCCUUUAACACACUGCAAUACAAUGUAGGGAGUUUUUAUUAACUGUAGUACAAUUUCCCAUGAUUCAACAUGCUGCCUGCGUUUGUGAGCAUUUUGGAGACGUCGUGUUGUUGCUGGAGAUCUGACUGACAUGCCGUGUAUAAAUUUCCUGCCUUUUUGUUGGCAGGAGAAAGAUAAAGAAAAAAAAAAACAACUAACUGUGAUUGAAUUUGUGAGCAGACUAACUGUGAGGAGUUUGAGGUCGUCUCCAGCAGCAGCACGACCAGCGUCUCAUGUUUACAUGAUGUAAAGUGACGAUGGCACUUUCUUAGUGAACGGGCAGCCUCUUGUUGAGCGACUUUUUAAAGAGCUUGCGUAAAUGUACAUUAUAUAUUGUGAACAUAUAUUUGUGUAUAUUUUUCCUUGUUAUUUUAACUGAGAUUCUAGUUUUGUUACUGAAGUUUUUCCAAGAAAAAAAAAAACAAAGAAAAAAAAAAGAGAGAGUCCCCUGCGAACUGAGGCACUUUGUGACAGCUCCUUCAGUGUGCAGUGGGUGAAAGAAAUACUUUUCUUACUGAUUUGCACUGAAAAGCAAAAAUGGGGAAGGGCAGGGAAUCUAAUUUUGUUCCAAACCUUGACCGGCCACUUUGAUGAAUUCACCAGCCAGCUCAGAGCACAGGAGAGGACUUCCAGAUACUGGCUGGUUACCUUUCAAAAUGGCUCAGGUAGUGGACAAAUCAAAAAGCCACGGUCAGAAUUUACCAGCCGGCGGCGUAAGUUCUUUCCCUCCCCUGAACACGGGUCCAACUGGUGGAAAGCCAAAUGUCGUGAGGCUGUUGAAGCCUCAGUGAACUGAAGAGAAGAUGACAGGGUGAAGAGUCUCACAACCAGCUGCUGCAGAAAGCCAGUAUCCAGUAUCCAGGCUGAGUGCUUUUUUCUUUUUUAACUCUAUUGCACUGAAUAAGAGUACGUUCACAAUAAGCCAGGUACAUUUUAUAAGGAUAUUUUUCUCUGUGUUGCAGCCUUCUGUCCACACUAAGCUGGCACCACUUAACACAGAAAAAAACAAACAUUUCCAGAAAUGGUGGGUAAAUGUUGAAAUGUUUCAGUGUGGAAACUGGAAUUGUUGUAGGCCGGGACAGACAUGGUUGGGAAAUGUGUGGCAGUGAAAUAGGUGUCAUGUUGGCCAAAUCAGGUUCUGCGGCGAUUAACCACAGGGUUGUGCAUAUGUAUUUUCAUGGCCCGUUUGCUACUUGCGUGCCUGUUUGUCCGAAUCGAUAAACAACUAAGGUGCAAAGUUUAUUGCCGCUGUGGGUGCACCCAUGAAUAACCUGUCCUACUGUGGGUCUCACCAAAGUAGGAUUUCUAGUUUAGCAUGUCAGUCCUGGUGGUUGUCUACUAGAUACACCUGAAACGUCCUAUCACAUCCUGUCCCUUUUUUUCUUGAUCCACGCCAGAAGUAGGUGUGGUCUAUUCUGGGCUCAUCCUCUAUCCAAGUUUCAUGGAAGUGGAUUCAGUUUUUGUGUAAUCCCGCUGACAGACCUACAAACAGAGGAAAGAAAAACCUCCCUGGUGGAGGUAGUAGUGUGGCUGUGAGGCCUAUCAUGUAUUUUGAACUGGAGCACAAGACCAAACUCAGCGGCUAAAUUUAAAACAAACACUCUUUGGAUUAUCUUUUGUUUCAACCUUUUUGCUUCAGCCUGCUGUAGUUGUUGUGACAUCCAGAGGCCCACACCGCUGUAGCUUAAACAUGACACCCUCGUUCUACAGAAUGGGACGACUGGUGUUUUCUGUUGUCUGAUUUGGUCUGAUCGAGGCCUACAUUUUUCUGUAAACAGUUAUUUUAAAGAUCAGUGUAGGUGUUCACAGCUGCAUUAAUUUACCUGUUUCCGUCAGAAGAGGUCACGAUUAGAGUUGUUGAUUAAAUGAUUAGUAGAGCUCCACCAAUAUAUACUGAUGUUGGUAUUUCAUAGUUAUAUCGGCAUCGGUGUAUAUGUUGUCUGAUAUGUGCCGUUAAGCUUUUUUUUUUGUUUGUUUUUUUUAAUAUACAACAUAAUGCAGGAAAAGAUUCAGUGCGUAUGUAAAAAAAGUGUGUAUUUCUGUAUAUGUUUGAGAAUACAACAAUGCUGGCUGAUAGAUUGAUAGCAGGGUUUUUUACUCCCUAAUAUCAGCUUCAUAAAUCCAUCUGUUGAGCUCUAGUAAUAAUCCAGUGUGAUCCAGGUAAUAUUAUAGGCUGAGUGUAUUAUCUGGCAGUAGAAACAGAUGAAGCACAUGCAGUCAGUAAACAUCAGUAAAACAUCGGUAUAUAAACAAUACAGGUGAUCACAAGAGAGCAGGAAGGGACCAAAUAAAGGUCUUAAGACUUGGAUGUGUUGCUCUGUUUGCUGAAUAAAAACAGUACAAAGGCAAAGAGAUUCGGCUGUUUUCAUCCAGGUGUUGCAGUGUGGACAGUUUUUUUUUUUGUUUUUUUUUUUGUUUUUUUUUACCAAAACAGGAAAACAUUUGUUUUAAAAGUUGUACAGCUUCAUGUGGACGUAGUCUUACUUUCUGUAUUCUGUGUUUGUUUUUUUGUUUUUUUUUUUUUGUUUUUUUAAUGGGGACUUGUUUUCACACACACCUUCAUUCAACCUCUUCCUGACCCUUUCAUUUCUACUUUUAAAGCACGUUGAUGUAUACGAAGAGUGCAGUAUGUUUUGGAAAUUGGCAAAGACGAUCUUGUGAUGACAGUAUGUACCACGUGUUUAUGUAAUUUUUUUUAUUUGAAUGGUUUCUAUGGAUGCAGGCAGCUGCUGGGUCUCGCUUCUUGACCUCUGUGAUGUCACGUAAAUGGAAAAUUGUAUUACUGUAACAAAAACUGUCCAUUUUAUUGCAGUGUUUUAAAAUGAUUUCAUUCCUGUUAUGAGAAUAUGUUUAACUUCACAUGUCCAUGCCACAAUUUGGGAAAAAAAAAUGUUUAUUUUAUGAAGAAUUUCAUAUCUAAAUUAAAAAAUAUUAAACUAUUGGUUACCCCUA